CACUUGUCUUCUUCACAUCCAACAUCACUGUCUAAGUAAUUGUACUAUCUCUCUCUCUCUCUCUCUCUCUCUCUCUCUUGCUCUCCACUUUUCCCUUAUGGUUCUCCUCUUUAUAUCCCUCUAAUCACUUUCUCUGUUUCUUCAUAACUUAUAGUAUCUUAAACUACUUGAGCUACUUCUUCUUCUUCUUACUAAUUUAGCUAAGCCUUUCUUUUCUACACCCAGAAGAGCUUUCUUUCUUUCUUUUGUUUCCUUUUCUUUAUCUUUCUUUUGAAGUAAACACAAAGAAGAAACACUCUAGGCAUGUCUAGCAGAAGGUCAAGGCAAUCUGGGGCUUCAAGGAUUACUGAUGACCAAAUCAUCGACCUCGUUUCCAAGUUACGCCAACUUGUUCCUGAGAUUCAAAAUAGGCGUUCUGACAAGGUAUCUGCUUCUAAGGUCCUACAAGAGACCUGCAACUAUAUCAGAAGCUUGCACAGAGAAGUGGAUGACCUUAGCGAGCGACUGUCCCAACUUUUGGCCACAAUUGAUGCUGAUAGCGCUGAGGCUGCGAUAAUUAGGAGCUUAAUCUCGCAAUAAAUUAAAUCCUUAAAAUUUUAUAUAAAUAUAAAUAUAUAUAUCUAUAUGUAUUCUAUAGCUGCACGUGCAUUUCUUACAGACUCUGUAGAAGUGUAAGUCUUGUGCAAUGGGCACGACCUUUUAAGAUUUUGGUCACUAGAUCAAACAAGGGUUAGUGUGUUUCAUAUUUUGUGUGGAUAGUGGCUGUAAUUAAGUUGUAUAAUAAAUGGACUUGCACUAGCAAUGCCUUUUUCUAU